GAGCUCCAACGAGCACUGUCUCGAAGUCUACCACACAUUGUUCCCCCAUAAUCAUCGCUCUCUCCACGGCCCUCUAUUCUCAAACUAUUUAUCAAAGGCUCGUCUUGUAUUACCCAACAUGUCAAGCCUGGAUUCAGCAAACGAGAUCCAUAUUGUCAUAGCCUUUGGUGUAGUUUCAGUGCUGGUUGCACUUGCUAGCCUACAUUAUAGAGAUUCUUUAUGUUGUUUCCUAUGCCAAGUCUUGUAUCAAGUUGUUAGUAGAGACGAUGCCUUGGAUACCGAAGCCACAGCUGGGGCCACCACAUAUGACCAAGCCUCGCACAACGACACCAUUACUAUGCAGCCACAACGAUCGGACAGAGUGCAUCUAAUGUAUCAGCCCUCCACUACGUCUUCAAACUACACAGACGAGCUGGCUAUCAUAUCGACCGUCACGUCAACUCCUUAUUCGCCUGGGACUAGCAACGUUGUCGCUGGGCAGCCAUUGUCGCCAAUGUCUUCGUCUCGCCCGUCUCAUCACGUUCCACUCGAUUAUGACUCGCGGAUUGAAAGACCUCAUACUGCUACGAUUUACGAACUAGCUGCGUGA